AUGAAAUCCUAAACCUCAGCUAUUCUCCUCUUAGCCCUCGUUGCUGGCAUCUCUAUUGCUUAAAACAACCACUUGGUUAUUGAUUUUGAGAAGCAAGCAGCUCAAAGAGUCGCAAUUACUGCUAGAGUCGGAGAUGAUAUUCAUGUUACUGUUCCAGGAAACCCAACCACUGGAUUUUCAUGGUAAAUCGUCCCUGAACUCGGUUAUUUCGAUGGUGUUCAUGUCUUACAAAAUGCCUAUACUUCUAAUCAAUCAGUCGUUAAUGGAAGACAACUUGAUGGAGUUGGCGGAUACUUCAACAUGAUCUUCGGAGUUUCAACUGCUGGCCAGAAGUCAAUAGAACUUGUCUAUCUUCAACCAUGGUCACUUAAAAGCUUCAAGAACUCAAAUGGAAUCGUUGAUUGGAAUAUGUACUUCAAUAGCAAUGGCUCCAGCUACCAAAGAAAGACUAUUAUUGUCAAUGCUAUGCAAUGA